UCACGUUUUCGCUCCCCGGUCCUUGUCCCUCCGCCCCAGCCUUGCCCCGCACAGGGGUGGCGAGCUGCCAGCUCCAUGCCCCAGUGAAACGAUCCCUCCAUUUUAAUUCAGAAGGAGUCACACUCCGAGGCGACUAUGUGAAAAGCGGGGGGUCACCAGGACCACAGGGUUGAAAACCACUGCCCUGGCCGGGUGCCGGGUGCCGGGCAGGUGGUUCCCAGAUGGCAUUGUCUACUCCAGAGAGAGAGCUCCAUCCGACACCAUGGCACCAUCCAGGAAGAAAACAGCCAAUGGAACCAGCAAAAACAAUGUGAAAAAGAAAAAGCUUGCUGCGUUUUUAAAGGACUUUGAUCGUGAAGUCCAAACUAGAAUUGAUCAGCUACAAACAAAUGGGCAAAAUCUUCUCAAGGAAUUGGAUAAUCUUUAUAACAUAGAAAACCUCCGACUUCCUCUAGCACUGAGAGAGAUGAACUGGCUUGACUACUUUGCUAAAGGAGGAAGUAAAAAGGCCCUAGAAGAAGCAGCAACGGCAGAUUUGGAGCUAUCAGAAAUAAACAAACUUACAGCAGAAGUUAUCCAGACGCCUUUCAGAAUUGUCAAGAAAGCUAAAAAAUCCAAACAGGAUAUUGAUGCUAUUGAAGAAGAAACAGAACUUAGUUUGCUCCCUGUAGCAAAGAAGAGGAAACAGGAUAGCAAAGAACCAGAACCAGAACAUGAAAAUGUUAAUCCCAAAACAGGGAAGGUGAAGACAUCAACCAAAAAAGUGCCAGUUUCGAAGAGCAGAAGAGCUCCAUCAGCGAGAGUGAAACGCAUUAGUAAAAGGUCAAGCAAAAAUAAUUUUGUCACUCCAGCCCUUGGCCAAGUCGCUGGUGCCCGCACAUGGGGAAGGACCUCCACUGUCACCCCUAAAUUUGAUUCCAGGCUUUUCAAGACACCAGGUCUACGCACGCCUGCCGCACAUGAGCAUGUUUACAUCGUCUCUGCAAACGGCAGCCCUCUUGCUAACAGCAACGAUGUCAUCAUUACAGUCCCUGUCGGAGGAGGGGAGAACAUUCGUUUAGCAGCCAGUGACCUGACCAAAAGGAAUUUGAGUCAUCUCAAUCCAGAGACCCUGGGAAUUAUGAAGAAGUUAUCAGUUCGUCUUGCACAAGUAUGCAGCAGCACGAACACCCAAAGAUGAAACUUCAGGGAUAAUUGACUUUUUUUGUAAAUCUGGAACAUCAAUUUUAGGACUACAACCUGAAUUCUUACUCUAUUCUUUUACCUUUCUGUUACACGGUGGAAGUUAGGAACAGAUUUUCAGCCUGUAAUAUAUAAUGUGAUUAGAAUAGGUUGACUUCUUUUUGUACAGAAAGAAGUACUUAGUUUCCUGUUUCAAGAUAGCUAGCUAUACCUUGGCCUUGGAUCCUCCAGAGUGUAUGAGAGACAAGUCAGGUGGAUACAGCUGCCCUGCAAUCUGCAGAAGAUCGAAGCAGUGGGAUCUAUUGGAUUACAGGUGUGAUUGACAAAAGUUUUAUCUGGUUUGGGAGCAAAAGCGGUGGAGCUGCUCAUUGCACUUAUUACCAGGCAAGUUUUCUGUUUAUUGAUGUCAUCAUUGCAAGGUGCUAAUUAGUUGUAUUCUAACAGCUGGAAUAUGAACCUCAAUUACAAAUAAUUAAUAGGGGGUGCUAAAAGAACAUUUUAUUGCAGACCAGCUAAUGAAGCUGCCAGGGGUGCUAGGGGUACAACGAAUCCUUUGUUUUGUUUUUCUCACAGCAGCCACUGAACUUUCAAUCCUGCUCUCCAGUUUACAGUGAACAAUGUACUUGAAGUCUUUUAUUGUACAUCCUACCGUUGUUUUUAAAGAAAUGAAUACACUGGUGUGUUCUUAAACCCAUAAUUUUACUGAGUUUUAAAGCUUCUAUCUACAAAACCAAUCAUCUAGACCUCCGAUCCUCUAAGCCUAAGGCACAUACACUUACUGGGCAAGUCCCUUUAGAGUGGUUGGAGACAGCCAGUGGAGAGUUCCCUCUGCACAGGGAAACUGCUGUUUCCUGCACUAGCUCCUAGGGAGGAGAUGGGGAUGUGGCAGGGCCAGGUUCCACUAUGUCUAGGUCUCCACUGCGGUGUUCCCUGCAUUCUUUUCAUGAACUAAAAAGGUUUUACACAAUAAAUACUGUUUAUAGAUGGAAUAAAAUUAGUUACAUAUUCAUUGA